UCAGUCAGAUCUAUCCUUUUUUUCCCUCUUUCAGCUCCUUUUAUCGAAAUAAUUACUUGCCCCUUUCCUCCCAUAAUGUGCCACUUGUUUCGUAUCCCCUCCCUCCCGAUUCCCUCCCCCUCCACCUUCCUCCUCCCUCUCCUCCCCCUGCUUUUCCUCCUCCGCCUGCCGGCUGAGGUGCGGGGCGACUGCUGGCUCAUCGAGGGGGACAAGGGCUACGUGUGGCUGGCCAUCUGCAGCCAGAACCAGCCGCCGUACGAGACCAUCCCCCAGCACAUCAACAACACGGUGCACGACCUGCGGCUGAACGAGAACAAGCUGAAGGCCGUCUUCUUCACCUCGCUGAGCCGCUUCACCAACCUGACCGACCUCAACCUGACCAAGAACGAGAUCGCCUACAUCGAGGACGGGGCCUUCGCCGGGCAGGCCAACCUGCAGGUGCUGCAGCUGGGCUACAACAAGCUGACCAACCUGACGGAGGGCAUGCUGCGGGGGCUGGGCCGCAUGCAGUGCCUCUUCCUGCAGCACAACCUGAUCGAGGUCAUCUCCACCAAUGCAUUCUGGGAGUGCCCCAGCCUCAGCAGCCUGGACCUGUCCUCCAACAAGCUGGCCCGCCUGGACCCGGCCACCUUCACCAGCCUCACCCGGCUGAUGGUGUGCGAGCUGGCGGGCAACCCCUUCCACUGCGGCUGCGAGCUCUACAGCUUCCUCACCUGGCUGGAGGCCUUCAACAACGUCACCCACACCUACGACCGGCUGCAGUGCGAGACGCCCCGGGAGCUUUUCGGGUUCCCCUUGCUGAGCCCCGUGGCGGGCCACGGGCGCAAUGCCAGGGCCAUCCUCUCCUCCAUGUGCCGGGACGGUGUGCUGAUCCCCGGCAUGACCUCCCUCCCGCCGGACUCCGACGCCUCGGGCCUGGGGCCGGACAUGUCGGACAGAAUCGGGCCCUACCACCAGCCCACCACCUCGUCCUCCUCCACGGACCCCUCGUACAGCCCCAGCAUCAAGCUGCAGCACGUCUCCCUCUCCUCGGCCUCCCUGCUGGUGCAGAUCCCCCGCCCCUACAGCAAGAUGUACAUCCUGGUGCAGUACAACAACAGCUACGUGUCCGACGUCAUGAACCUCAAGAACAAGAAGGAGAUGAUCACGCUCAACAAGCUCAAGGCCCACACCAACUACACCUUCUGCGUGGCCUCCAUCCGCAACUCCCAGCGCUACAACCACACGUGCCUCUUCUUCGCCACCCGCAUGCAGAACCCUGACGAUAUCCGCCCCAGCCCCUCCACCACGACCCACUACAUCAUGACCAUCCUGGGCUGCCUGUUCGGCAUGGUGGUAAUCCUGGGGCUGGUCUACUACUGCCUGCGCCGUCGGCGCAUGCAGGAGGAGAAGCAGAAGUCCAUCUGUGUCAAGAAGACCAUACUGGAGAUGCGGUACGGGCCGGAGGCGGCGGCGGUGGUGGCCGCGGCCGGGGAACCCUCCACGGUGCAGAAGCACCACGACCAGUCGCACCACCACCACCACCACCACAGCAAGCUGCCGCCCUCCGCCUCCUCCAGCAUGGGGAUGCUGCACAGCUCCGCCAACACCAGCUCGUCGCGGCUGUCCUCCAUCCCGCAGGUGGAGAAGAUGGCCACGGCCUUCUCGGAGGCCAUGGCGGCCAACAAGGGGAACUACAUGGACGUGAGGACCUCCGGCUCCGGGGAGGACCGCGGGAGAGAUGGAGGGGUGCCGGGGGCCGGGGAGGAGGACCUGAGGGAGGACGAUGGGAGCGACGCCGGGGAGGACUCCGACGACGAGGGUCGAGGCUCGGCCUCUGAGAUCUCCACCAUCGCCAUGGAGGUGGACAAGGUCAACCAGAUCAUCAACAACUGCAUCGACGCUCUCAAACUAGACUCGGCUGCGGUGGCGGCCGCUGCGGCCGCGGCCACCACCAUGGCGAACCCCACCUCACCCCCACCCACCAGCGCCUCCUCCCUCACUAGGGGGCUGAUCCCCCUCUCCUCUGGCGUCACAGAGGGGUGUCAGGUCCUGGCUUCCCCAAAAAUACCCCCUCCACCCCCUCUCCCCUUCUCCCUGCCAAUGUCCGAGCGGCCUGGGAUCAGCGGCGGGGGUUUCGUCUCACCCCCCUACCGCCCCCCUCCACCCGCCACGGCCAUCCAACCCCUGCAGAAGCAGAUGAGCGCCGAUGCCGCGGUGAUGGUGCUGGGCUCCAUGAAAAAGCAAUGUAGCACCUCCUCGGGCGGCUCCAUCAAAAGCACCCGGGUCUUUAGCCUGGACGUGCCCGAGCCCCGCAGCCCGGAUCCGUGCAAGUACCCGGAGAAGGGCAGCCCAGUCGGGUGCGGGGAGCCCUUGGAGAGGCUUCCUCUGGUGGGGGCUGGUGGAGGUGGAGGCGGUGGUGGUGGAGGAGGUGGAGGUGGAGCGGGCAGUGGUGCUCAGCAGCACCUGGAGGUGCACCCAGACUACCACUGUGCGGAGCACCGCCACUCCUUCCCUGCCCUCUACUACGAGGGCUCCACCGAAUCCCCCGGCCAGAGGGCCUCCUUCCUCAAGCCUCUCACCCGCACCAAGAGGGACGCUACCUCUUACUCCCAGCUCUCGCCCCGGCACCACAACUACUCCGGGUACUCCUCCAGCCCCGAGUACUCCUCCGAAAACACGCUGAAGAUCUGGGAGCGGUUCCGCCCCUACAAGAAGAGCCCCCGGGAGGAGGCGUGCUACGUGACGGCGGGGAACGCCCUGCGAAAGAAGGUCCAGUUUGCCAAGGGCGAGGACCUGCACGACAUCCUCGACUACUGGAAGGGCGUCUCGGCGCAGCAGAAGCUGUGAGGCGUAGGGCGCAGAGGGAGGGGGAACUCUAGGAAACAGAGCAGACUCCUCCAUUGCCUGAUACUUUGACCCAGAGUCUGACACUCUCACCUAAUGGAUGAUGAAGGUGAAGGGCCACCAAACCCCCCUCCCCAGAAUCAUUCAGCUUGGUUCGGUCAGUGUAAAACAUAAGUCACCUUACAGCUAGAACUGAAAAGAAAAAAAAUUUUAGGCUGAUUAUUUGUGGGACUUUGGCUGGCAAAUAUAGGGGAGCAGUACAGACUUAACUCCUAGAACAAUGAUUUGAACAUGUUUUCUGCCCCUUUUAAUAUUCUGAACCGGGAACCAACC